AGUACACAACGUUGAUGUGGUUUGUCCCUUCGCAAGGGAGGCCAAUUCCGACCACUGUGCACGUGAUGUCCGACCUUUUUUGUCCUGUCCCGUUUUUUUUCCUCUCCUUCGACGUUGAAAUUUUCCAGCGGUCAAGACAAAAGGGACAAACAACUCUUCUCAUCAUCAACUGGACAAAUCUCGAGAGUGGUUAUUUGCUUUGAUUGGCUACUUCAGCAUGUCCUCUUUACAAUUACAGAUCCUUGAGAUCCUCGAUAAGGAAGCACAGAUCGGCAACACAGCUGAGAGAUUGGCCGGCUUGGACUCCCAGACAGUCCAGGCUGCCUUGAACUCGUUAGUCUCUCGUAACAAGGUUACGUAUAAGAGCAUUGAGAAGGAGCACUGGAACCUCACGGAUGAGGCCAAGGACAUUGUUCAAAAUGGCUCCCACGAGUACAGACUGCUGGAGCUUGUGCUCAAGCUCGAGCACUUGAAGAUCUCCGAGGUUGGCUCGCAGCUUGGUCCUAACGGUAAGAUGGGCCAGGCCAGAGCCUUCAAGAACGGAUGGAUCUCCAAGAACGGGGACGAGCUGGUUCUGAACGAGAAGGUCGACAAGGCUCAGUUGCCUCACGACACCACUGCCGAGGAGCUGAAGGAGAUUCAAGAGAAGGGCACGCUGUCGGACGCUAAGAAGAUCCAAGAGCUGAAGAAGCGUAAGCUCAUCACAUUGACCAAGAUUCUGUCCUUCUCCGUGGAGAAGGGCUCUGAGUUCUCAACGACAAUUGAGCAGCUGGAGACCGACAUCACGUCUGACAUGGUGAUCACGGGUUCUUGGGAGAACGCCAAGUUCAAGCCAUACAACUUUGCCUCGGAAGGUGUUGCUCCUCCAGCCGGUGCCCUCCAUCCUUUGAACAAAGUGCGUGAGGAGUUCAGACAGAUCUUCUUCUCCAUGGGCUUCACAGAGAUGCCUUCUAACCAGUACGUCGACACCGGCUUCUGGAACUUUGACACCUUGUUCGUCCCUCAGCAGCACCCUGCUAGAGAUUUGCAAGAUACUUUCUACUUGAAGGACCCAUUGGUUGGUGGAUUACCAGAGGAUAAGGAGUACCUGGAAAACACCAAAAAGGUGCACGAGCAAGGUCUGUACGGAUCUAUCGGUUACAGAUACCCAUGGAAGCCAGAAGAGACCCAGAAGUUGGUUCUGAGAACCCACACCACUGCUAUUUCCUCCGCAAUGUUGAAGAAACUUGCUGCUGAUCCAAAGCCUACAAGACUGUUCUCCAUCGACAGAGUGUUCAGAAACGAAGCAGUCGAUGCCACUCAUUUGGCUGAAUUCCACCAAAUCGAAGGUGUCAUCGCAGACUACGACAUCACCUUGGGUAACCUGAUUGAAUUCAUGGAGUCCUUCUUCGACAAGAUGGGUGUCCGUGAUCUCAGAUUCAAGCCAACAUAUAACCCAUACACCGAGCCUUCUAUGGAGAUUUACUCCUGGCAUCAAGGGUUAGGCAAAUGGGUUGAAAUCGGUAACUCUGGUAUGUUCCGUCCAGAGAUGUUGGAGCCAAUGGGGCUCCCUAAGAACAUGCGUGUCCUCGGUUGGGGUCUUUCAUUAGAACGUCCAACUAUGAUCAAGUACGCAGUCAGUAACAUUAGAGAACUGUUGGGCCAUAAGGUCUCCUUAGACUUCAUCGAGACCAACCCAGCUGCUCGUUUGGAUGAAGAUUUGGUUUGAGUUAGUCGAGUUCAUAUAUAGAGAAACUACACUGUUAUCUGAGUAAUGCUUGAUUCAAACGUUUGUAAUGUACAUGUUGUUUUAUUCGA